AUGAAAUACCUACUUCUGUACCUAGUGUUAGUCUCGUUGCUUGUGUGGUGUUAUUGUAACCCGUGUACUGAAUUCGAGAGUGUGGAUAUAACAACGGGUGUGGUUCACGCGAAUGGCUCUAUCACACACGACAAUGUGGAGUAUGGUCCAGGCCGAUGGUAUAAGGGGGAGCUUGAAAACGGCGCGACGGUCACAUACGGAUGUCCUUGUAUAGAUCAUGUCUGCAUUAACAAAUGCUGCGGACGUACACAAGCUUUCCUAAAUCGGUCUUGUGAGAAUACCGACUCUGAUACCGUGAACCCUUUCAGUCCGACAGUUUAUAAAGGAAGAGUGCCGACGAAUGUGACAGCAUCGGAGCAUUUUUACUACUUUUACAGAAGACCGUGUAACGACAGCUAUGGAGUUGACCCGAGUUCGUCUACAGAAGAAUUAUUUAUUCAAGAAAAUGGAACCCUGUACGAGGUGGCCCAAGGCGGUUCGCAAUGGCACCCAUCAAGUCGGUAUUGCGUGGACAUGUCAAUAUACAACAAUUCGAUUGCGUCCUCCCUGGUGGCUGCCGUCUGCUACCCUGACAGCGUUAGCAGCGACGACAACUACACGCUAUACAUCGCGUAUGCUGUUGGUCUUCUCCUGUCCGUGCCUUUUCUCCUCGCUACGUUCCUGGUAUACGCCAUGAUCCCUGAGCUGAGGAACCUACACGGCAUGUGUCUGAUGGCGUAUUGCGCGGGAUUAAUCGUCGGCUACCCCUUCCUUUCGUACCUGAAGCUGCACGUUGGCAGAAUCGGAGCCAAUAUGACAGGAUGCAUUGUGUCUGCUUUUUUCGUGUACUACGCGUUUCAAACAACUUUCUUCUGGCUAAACGUAAUGUGCUUCGAUAUAUGGAGGACUUUCAGCGGUUAUCGUGGUGGUAGCAUGAACAAGCGCCGUGAAACGCGAAGGUUUGCUUUUUACGGCAUUUACGCUUGGGGGGUACCAGCUUUGCUAACAGCCUUCACCAUGAUAAUGCAGCUGAGCGAAAAUAUACCAAGUUAUCUAAUUACCCCGGGAUUCGGUCAAAGAAAAUGCUGGUUUGUUGAUUUCAAAAGUGAACUGCUGUAUUUCUACCCUUCAGUACUUACCUUAGUUGUUGUAAACGUAAUUCUUUUCUCCGUGACGGCGUAUCGUAUUAGAUCUAUCCGACAAGAAACGGCUAUUUUAAAGGGAUCUGAAUCUUCGAGGAGUGAUAAAUUGAAAAAAGAUAAGCAAAGGUAUUCUUUAUACUUGAAAUUGUUUGUCGUUAUGGGUGUGAAUUGGACAAUCGAGGUGAUAGGCUUCGCAGUCGGCGGAUCUAACUACUACUGGAUUCUGAUAGACAUAUCGAAUAUCGGACUUGGAGUCUUCAUAUUUUUAAUAUUCGUUUGGAAAAAGAAAGUCAGAAACCUAAUAAGGAAAAGAUUUCAACAAAUCCGAGGUCAACGUGUUUCUUCAGACGGACCAGGAAUAAAGUGGACCACCAGCUCUGCACCCACAGAGGACACUCGCGUAUCCGGCGACGAGUCCCUGAUAAGAUUAAAGGAAUUGCGUUAGUGGAGAAAGAGAUAGCAUGACACGUUCGAGCCAAAGAAUUCUCAUGACGCCUUGAAAUUAAAGGAUGUACCUAUAUAUCAUAAAAUAUUUAAUCGUUGACACGUACUAGAUGUAAGUAAACCGUUGCUGGAGGUAAGGAAGAGGAAUACAAGUACUGGUUAUUCUUAACACGAAAACAUAUUAUUAUGAUAAUCGUGAUACAAAUUAUUUUAAGAAGAAACGCGACUGCCAUUUUUUAAAUUCUAAAUCUAAAUCUAAAUCCAAAUAAAAUUUGCAAAUUCUAAAUUCAAAUUUGUUAUUCUAAUUUAAACAGAAGAAUAAGUUUUGAGGUCCUAAAGGUCCUAACGGUCCAAUCUUUUCCGCUGCAUAGUUAAAAAUUGGCUGACACCCGUGGGUCAAGUUCUUUUUUGAAGUACCUAUAAUUGUUUUUUGCGACACUAUUUUUGCCGGUGUCGUUUAUAAAAAUCUUCAAUAAAUAAAAUUUAUAAGUACAUACUAUGAAGAGAAAUGAGAUGAAGUUGAUUAAUUUGAGACUUGAACCCCAGAAGCUAAUCCAGCGGUUUUAUUUCAAUUUCUCACAUUUUUACACAUUCACAAAUGCUAAACAGUUAAUAUGCUAUCGUUAUUAAAUAUUUAAACCUAAAGGUACCUACACUAAAUUAAUAAAUAUAACUCACAACUUGCGUUCUCGCCAAAAAAGCGUUUCGUGCAACGCUGGGAUUCGCAAAGAUUAUUACAAAUAUAGAGGCCUUCUCUUGAUAUGUCCAGAUUCAUGAAAUAUGUACCUAUGGAUGUCGUAACAAAAGGAGAAGUUGGUUAUUUUAGUUACGUUUCGGCAAUGGUUUUCUCUCAACGCCAUUUUUGUUUAAAAGAGAUUAAAGAAACUUUGUUACCGUAGUUUUAAUUGUAGCAAGAAUAUAAUUAUGCCAUAUUUGAUUCUCGUAGCCAUUUUGCUAAUUUUGUUGAUGUUAACAUACUGUUAUGUACAUACCUACAUACUUUUCUUAGCAUUUCAUUUGAUCGUUGAAUGUAGAAAGUAAGUUAGCAUAAGUUAGUAAUUAACACAUUUAUUAAAUUUAUGAAAGGAAAUCUAUUUAUAUAAAAAUGAAUUGCUGUUCGUUAGUCUCGCUAAAACUCGAG